AUGCUGAACCCUUUUAUUCAUUGCCCGGCCUGUCACCUUCUCCUCUUCCCUUCAUCCCCUGCUCUCCCCCUCUCACUCCUCCCCCCCGCCCUUUCAUGCCGACUGUCCACGUCCCCCACAGAGCUGAAGCAACACGCAGUGACUCUGUUUGAAGCAGGCAAGCUGUCAGAAAGGAGUGUGGCGGAGCUGUGUGGGGAGCUGAGGGCCGUGGAGGAGACACAGCUGGAGGGCGAGUUGCAGAAGUUCAAUGACCACGCCUUCAGCCUCUCCUCUUCUGUCCCCCACACACAGCUGGAGGGCGAGCUGCAGAAGUUCACGGACCAUGCCUUCAGCCUCCGAUACGCCCUCUCCUGCCUCCGCACCGGCACCAUUGACAUCACCUCCGCCCUCCUCACCCCCCGCCCUGCUUCUUCUGCUGCCGCCGCCGCCACUGCAGCAGCUAUCGCACCGCCCCACCCUGCCCCUCGCUCUUCACCCUCUAGUCAGCCCAGUGCUGCCAGUGACCCUCCAGGCUCUUCGGAAUCUGCACAGGGGGCGGCUGUGGGGGCUGCUGCUGCAGAUGCGCCUGCCCCGGAUGACACCUGGUCCACGCGCAGUGUGGCUGACUCUGCCUCUACUGUCGGCCCCUCAGACCUCCCCCUCCCCAUCCCCUCCCACCUCGUCGCCUCCUCCUCCUCCCAGUCCCUCCCUGACUCUGUCAGCGCAUCGCAACCCACCUCUUCACAUGCCGACUCUGCAACCGCACCUGAUGGUGUUUCAGGCAGCAGUGCGGCAGGCUCGGAGGGGUCUCGGCUGCAGGAGAAGCCGCUGCACCCACGGGCUGCGUCGUACCCGGCACUGGCAGCAGCAGACGCAGGCGACGAUGACGGCUCCUCUUCUCCUGCUGCCCCGCCCCCUCCCGCUGCAGCCACAUUACCACCAUUACCACCAUCAUCCUCAUCUUCCUCAGCAGCAGCAGCAAUGUCUAACCGAGCCACGUUCAACCGGGUGGAAGUGCUGCGAACAGAGAGCCUACAGGGCCUAGCACCCGCCACGCUGCACCGUCUCUUGCGCCGCGACUUUGACCUCGUCGUCUCCAUCGUCCCCCUCCCCAAGCCCCUCAACGCAGUCGUCCCUGACGGCUCCGGCCCCGCCCACUUCGGCCCACCCGCCCCCGCCUUCCUCUCCCCUUGGGCAAAGCUGUUCCUCUACGCGAAAACGGCCUCUGGUCCGGUUUCUGUGGUGCUGAUGAGGGGGCUGAGGCUGAGGUUGCUGCCGCCGCCGCUGGUGACGUGUGACAAGGCGUUGGUGUGGACGUGGGAUGGGAUGGGGGUCGGGGGAGUGGGGGCGAAGAGUGAAGGGUCGCUGGUGCCUGGGACCGUGCUGCUGCAUGUGGUGAACAGCUUGCUGAGGCACUCUGCUGUGAUGAUCCAGCCUCUGGCCGCCCCGCCUGCUCCUGCUCCUGGUUUCUCCCGCACUGGGUCGAACUCAGCUGUGAGAGCAGCAGGGGGAGGGGGAGGGGGAGCGGAGGGAGGGUUGUGGGGUGCGGAUGGGGCAGUGGAGGGGGUGGGGGAGGGCGUGGGGUGUCUCACUGAGGAAGGGGAGCCGGAUAUUGCCACGGUUGCUCUCCCUCUGCCCCCUUGCUCUCGGCCUGACCCCAGUGAGGCUCGAGCAGCUGAUGGGGCGUUGUCACAGCCGCAGAAGCCGCAGGGAGGGGGGAGAUCAUUAGGCAGGACGAGGCUGGGGGGUACUGAAACUGCUGGGGAAGCGGUGGGUGGUGCAGCAGGAGGCGACGAGGGACGCAGGAGUGAGGGAGUUGAGGGCGAGGGGGUAAGUGAUAGCACUGGUGGUGAUGGCGGUGAUGGCGCAGGGGCAGUGGUGCAGGGAGCGGGGCAGCAGAGGGAGGAGGAGGAGUCGCCAAUUGUGGCAGCAGCCAGGCGAGCAGCAGAGGUGCUGGCUGUGGAUGCUGUGGGGUUCGUUAGAGUCAUCCGAACAGAGGCAGGGGAGGACGAGGACGAGGACGAGGACGAGGACGAGGACGAGGACGAGGACGAGGACGAGGACGAGGAGGAUGAAGAAGGUGGGGGUGCUGCUGGCACUGGCACGGCCAGUGGAAAAGGGAGCUUGAGAAUAGACGUCAGUGAAGGAGACGGGGCAGCAGUAGGCGCCGGGGGACUCUCACAGACGCAGCAGCAGCAGCGGCAGCAGGGGGAGUGGGUGGCACACAGCGUAGAGUUCGGCAUCCCCCUCUUCGACACGCAGCUGUGCUGCCAGGUGUGCGACGCCGUGGUCGCUCACAGCAUGCUCACCCCGCCACAGCUCGCCUCGCAGCGCCGCUCCACCCUUUCCCUGCGCUCCGCCCUCCGGGAGUUCAUUUCUGACUACCGCCAGCACGGACCUGUCUCCCGGGCUGUCUACACCGGGAAUGUGGCUCUCCUGCGGUCCACCUCUAGACGUUGCUUUGCAGCCACUCAAGAUGAUCCCCAGGACCCCUAUGCGCAAUCAAAUCGCGAUCCAAGCUUCACAUCAGAGGAGGAAGAGGACGAUCUCUCCCGCCCGGCGUACCCCGGAGUGAAUAUGAUCUUUGAUGGCCACCUGCUUCUGCCCAUCGAUCUCUCAACCUAUCUGCACGGGCGGCAAGCGUCAACUCUUGUGGCCCGUGCAACCUCGAUGUCUCAGCAAUCCAUCAUGUGGUGA